AUGGACGACGAUCAGGAAGAAAUCCAAAGACCCACUUGCGAGAUUUUGUUCCGACAAUCAUCGGUCGAAACGCGAUUAACCCCCGUACGUUUAUCCGAAGAAGAAGAUGAUGAUGAUGAAGAUGAACGCGAUCAGCUGCCAAAAAUAGUGGGGUUCAAAAAGAAACCGAUAAUUUGCGAUGUAUCCGACACAAACGUCGAUAAACCUAAUGAAGAAACGACGAAUACUAAACGGACCGAUUUACGGGGAUUCCAAGACGAAUUGAAAGCGAAAAUCGAACUUAGAAUGUCCAAAGGACCGGCGGUGCCUCAAAGAGUAAGCAGCACUUUGAGCGUUAAACGAGACCCGGAAAAAAUCGAGAGUGCGAGCGAAGAAAAUCAGGAAUAUUCAGUCGGUACUUUAAAAGCCUUGAAAAAAAAACUGCACUCGCCCAUCGACAAGGACCAAGACAACACAGUAGGCGGACCCAGCAAGGAAGAAAUGGCUACUCUACGACCGAAAUCCCCUCGGCCAGUGCCCGUUAAAGGGGAAAAAGAAGAAACCAUAUGGGACAAAAUUGGAACGUUGGGUCGCAAAAAACGCAUCAAAGAGGUUCAAGAUGUCCAAGCCGAAGGAAAAUACGCAAUCGAUUCACCGGGUUGUCCUGCGGCUCCCAUCAUCCCACCUGAAGACUACAAUUUAGAGGACAACGAAGAACGGUGCAUGAUAGAGCGUCGGGCCUACGACGAUUCCAAAUUCCUCGAUUUGCUCUACGUACUCAAAGAAUGGAUAAACGACGAACUGGCCUCGCAACGUAUCAUCGUACAGGACCUCUCCGAGGAUUUGUACGACGGGCAAGUCCUGCAAAAGCUCCUCGAAAAGCUCACCGGCGACAAACUCGACGUCCCCGAAGUGACCCAAUCGGAGGAGGGCCAGAAGCAGAAACUCACCGUCGUCCUGGAUCAUUUUAACAAGGUGUUGGGUAUCCAAAGACAAGCGCACAACAAAUGGAACGUGGAAUCGAUACAUUCGAAGAACAUCGUCGCCAUAACCCAUCUAUUGGUGGCGUUAGCGAGGCAUUUUAGACCGCCGGUGAGGCUUCCCGAGCACGUUUCCGUCGAAGUGAUGGUCGUGCAAAAAACCAACGGGAAAUUGUUCCACAAAACCGUCAGAGAAAGCCUAACGAAGGCCUACGAUGACGUGGGCAUGCGGUGCGAACGAGACGCCUUCGAUACGCUGUUCGAUCACGCCCCCGAUAAGCUACAAGUCGUUAAAAAGUCGUUGGUGACGUUCGUCAACAAGCAUUUGAACAAAAUGAACUUCGAAGUGACCGAAAUCGAAAGUCAAUUCCACGAUGGGGUUUAUCUGAUAAUGUUAAUGGGAUUACUGGAAGGAUUCUUCGUGCCCCAUUACAGUUUUCAUUUGACGCCGCACGAAUUCGAGCAGAAAGUUCACAAUGUUAAUUUCGCGUUCGAAUUAAUGGAGGAAACCGGUUUACAAAAGCCCAAGGCUAGACCUGAAGAUGUGGUGAAUAUGGAUCUGAAAUCUACGUUAAGAGUACUGUAUAAUCUCUUCUUACAAUACAGAACAAUUAUGUAA